GGUGAACCGCCGGCUACGGUUAGGUGGGUUCUGCGCUGAAUUUUAAGCAAACGCCUAUUUGAGUUUUGGGUUGCGUGGCUCUCCAGCUGAUCUUAGCGUUUAAAUGAUCUCUGCAGUCGAUUGAGGAUCAUUCUCGAGCACGCAGAUUACUAUGAUCCUACGUCCUAACCAGCGCGCAGGGGCUGAAAUUAUCCGAUUGCUUCAAUCGACCAUGGCUGUUGAAUUCUGAGACUUCGAGGGGAAGGUUGGUCAUCGUCCAUGGAGGCCGCCUUUGGAGGCAGGAGAGAACCAAGGUCAGGCUCGAGCAUGCGAAGCAGAGGAAGAAAAGAGGACAGGAAGGAAGGAGAACUGAUGAUCGAGUCCGGAGAAGUCGCUUCUGGUGAUGGUGUGGGAGGGAGGAUUCCCGGUGGGGGACACUCCAGUGGCUGCGGAUCUUGUGGCGAGAGCAGAAGUCGGAAUUGCGAGAGGAAGGAGAGGAGAGGUGGAUCUGGUGAGGAGGCGAGUGAGGAUGACGCUAGCCUAGAUCGAGCCCCUGAUAAGGAUAGAAUGGUCGUGAAUAGGAAUUUGAGCGAUUCAGGGAACACGGCGUUAAAUUCCAGCGGCGAAGGACAUAUUAGUUCCGGUACGGUUAUGAAUUGUCGCCUGAAAAACAGUAAAACGCCAAUGGAGAAAGAUAAAACGAUGGCUGCGCAGGAGCUGGACAAACCAAGAAAAAACAAGGAGCAUGGGAGUUUAAUGUGCCAUCAGUGUCAGCGGAAUGAUAAGAGUGGUGUAGUCUUCUGUUCCAAUUGUCAAAGGAAGCGCUACUGUUAUGAAUGCAUUGCAAAGUGGUAUCCUCAGAAAACAAGAAAGGAAUUUGCGGAUGCAUGUCCAUUCUGCUGUGGCAAUUGCAAUUGCAAAGCUUGCCUGCGGGAAGAUUUCUUUCAGAAGGAUUCCCACAAGGAAGAAGAUGACAGUGUUAAAUUGCAGUGGCUGCAACGCUUGCUAUAUAAUGCUCUGCCUGUUCUGAGACAUAUUAAUGAGGAACAGAACUCUGAAAUAGAGUUUGAAUCCAAAAUACGAGGUGUUCCAUUGACAGAAAUGGAUAUAACAAGAAUUAAGCUUGACAAAGAUGAGCGUUUAUACUGUGAUAAUUGCGAUACAUCCAUUGUUGGUUUUCAUAGAAGCUGCCCCAAUCCUGCUUGCACUUAUGACCUUUGUCUGACUUGUUGUCAUGAACUGAGAGAUGGCUGCAAACCUGUUGGCAAUGAAGCGGAAACUUCUCAUCUAUAUUCCAUAGAAAAAUCCCAUAAUCAAAUUAUUGAUGGAAAGUGCAUAACUACUGCUCAAAGGAAUAGAUGUUGGCUAGAUGGUCAACUGGAGUCUCCUGCUACUUAUGAUUCAAAAGCUAUGUCCUGUUACCUUCCUGAUUGGAGAGCUAAUGCUGAUGGCAGCAUUCCAUGCCCUCCAAAAGUGAGUGGUGGUUGUGGCACUACACUUCUAGAGUUGAGACGCAAUUUUAAAGCUAAUUGGGUAAUAAAGCUGAUUCAACAUGCAGAGGAUCUUAUUAGUCAUUAUCAGGCGCCAAUUGAUUUGUCUCAUGGAUGUCGCUUAUGUCUACCACAUGGGAACGAAAAAUUAAACUCUCAAGUGAGGAAAGCAGCUUCCAGGAAGCAUAGUUAUGAUAACUUUUUAUACUGCCCAAAUGCUAUUGACAUGACAGGGGAAAAAAUUGAGCAUUUCCAUAAACACUGGAUAAGAGGGGAACCUGUUAUUGUCCGAAAUGUUCUUGACAACACAUCUGGUCUUAGUUGGGAACCUAUGGUCAUGUGGAGGGCUUUUAGAGAGACAGGUGCCCAAAGAAAAUUCAAAGAGGAGACACGAACUGUAAAGGCCAUUGAUUGUCUGGAUCUUUGCGAGGUUGAGAUUAACAUUCACCAAUUUUUCAAGGGCUAUUUAGAGGGUCGUAUGCAUAAAACUGGGUGGCCAGAGAUGUUGAAACUGAAGGAUUGGCCCUCAUCAACAUUAUUUGAAGAGCGUUUGCCCAGGCAUGGUGCUGAAUUUAUUGCGGCACUUCCAUUCAGUGUUUAUACUAAUCCCAAAUCAGGAAUUCUCAACCUUGCUGCAAAACUUCCUGAUCAAUUGCUGAAACCUGACUUGGGACCCAAGACAUAUAUUGCAUAUGGAUUUUCUGAAGAGCUUGGUAGAGGUGAUUCAGUGACCAAGCUGCACUGUGACAUGUCUGAUGCAGUAAAUGUACUGACACACACAACUAAGGUGAAGAUUGCUCCUUGGCAGCUCAAAAGAAUAGAAACUAUGCAGAACAUUUAUGCAGCUGAAGACUUGCAUGAGCUUUAUGGUGGAAAGGAUGAGACUGUGGAUGCAUCUAGAAGACAGUCAAUGAAAAGACCUCAUGAUUUUUUGGAUGUUGAGUGUGCAGGAGGUAGACAUUCUGUUCAGAAUGACUCUUUAUUAUUGGAACAGCAAGAUGUCCAAUCCUUUGGUCUAGGAACUGUGGAAUUGGAUAGAGCACAAUAUGUAGCAACUGCUGCUGCUUCUGAAUGUAAGGUGAAUGUUGGCAGUGGCAUGCAGUUUUUUGAAAUACCAAAUACAAAAGUUCAGGUUCUUGACCACCAAGAGCAUAUGGUAAAACGAUCCAACUUCUCAAGAUGCAGUGACAUCCUUGAGACAAAUUCUUUGCUAGACAAUAAUGAUGUCAUGAUGCAUGAAACAACUAAGCAACAGAUCAGAUUGAAGGAAAACCCUUUAAUAUGCAAUGAACUUGAAGCUGAGAAUGAAAUUUUAGCUGGAAAAGAUACAUCCAAAGAAGAAUAUAUCCAUUCUUCUGGUGACAUGAUGUCAAGGAAGGUUAUCAAUGGAAAAGAUACGCCAAAGUUAUCCUUUUUAGGCAAUACUGGUGCAAGUAAUUUCGGACCAGGAAAGUCAAGCCCAAAUCCAGAGGAUGAUUCUUUUAGAAGUAAUGAAAGAGCAAAUGUUACCCAUGGAGGUGCUGUCUGGGAUAUCUUCCGUAGGCAGGACGUUCCUAAGUUAAUUGAAUAUUUGCGGAGGCAUGAAAAAGAAUUUCGGCAUGUAAAUAAUCUUCCUGUAAAAUCUGUUAUUCAUCCAAUUCACGAUCAGAUUUUUUUCUUGAAUGAAAGGCAUAAGAAACAACUGAAGGGAGAGUUCAAUGUUGAACCUUGGACAUUUGAACAAUACCUUGGUGAGGCUGUUUUCAUCCCAGCAGGGUGUCCGCAUCAAGUCAGAAACAGACAGUCUUGUAUUAAGGUGGCCCUUGACUUUGUAUCUCCUGAAAGCAUUGAAGAGUGUAUUCAGUUAACUGAAGAGUUUCGUUUGCUCCCAAAAAAACAUAGAGCUAAGGAGGACAAAUUGGAGGUUAAAAAGAUGACUCUUUAUGCUGUAAGUUCUGCUGUCAGAGAAGCCAAAAGUCUGAUUUCAAGUGUUGAUGGCUGAAGUUGUGAGUUGCUACUAAUAAGAUCACUGACAUUGGCGCUGGUGUUCAACAUGGCAAAUUUCAAGCAACAGUAAAGUUGUGAAAGGUGUUCUGGCACCGGGAUCAGUGCUAGCUAGAGAUGAGUAGAAUCAAACAUUGUAAUUUUAAAAUGGAUACAUGGAGAGUAUGCAUCUAUCAGGGGAAAUCUUAAGCUUUUUCUCCUUUGGUUUCAAUUUUUCAUGUACAUAGAUACACGAGAACAUUGAACUUUUUGAGUAUUGAAGAAGUUGGUGGCUUUAUAGGGUCUAAUUUAAAUUUAUACCUAGUGAAGCAUCUGAUCUAAGUGUAGCUGAAAUUGAUAUUCAUAUCUUGAAUAUAACAUUUAUGAACUGUGUCAAGAAAA